UCUGUUUUUGUUAUCAGUCAUUCAGACCCUUUGGUGAUGGAUGGGUGAAUACAUUGAGCCUAGAGCUGAAAGCCAGCUUGGCAGCUGGCAGUUUUUGCCCAUGUGGAGAAGAAAAGGCAAUUCUUGUGUUCUCUGCAAGUGAACCGUUGCAAGAAGUUCUUUUUCGUGGAAAAUGGAUGCCUGGCUCAGAGUAAAGGACAUGCCGUGCACAAUCCCCAGCAGAAGCUGAAAAUGGAUGAUGUCUACUGAUGCUUUUGGAUGAUGUCAUCUCCUCUUUUUCUGUUUGAGAUGGGUGAUAGGAAAAUGUUCUAAAACAAGACUGAGUGACCUCUUCAUCCCUUGACUUCUCCCUUCCACAAGUCUAAGAACCGCCUGAAGAAAUGACCACUCAGCUCCCAGAGGAGUCUGUGGAGACCCAGAGCUCAGAUGAGCUGGAGUGCAAGAUCUGCUACAACCGCUACAACCUGCGGCAGAGAAAACCCAAGGUGCUGGAGUGCUGCCACCGGGUGUGUGCCAAAUGCCUGUGCAAGAUCAUAGACUUUGGUGACUCCCCUCAAGGAGUCAUAGUGUGCCCCUUCUGCAGGUUUGAGACGUGCCUGCCAGACGAUGAGGUUAGUAGUCUUCCUGAUGACAACAACAUCCUUCUGAAUUUAGCUUGUGGGGGAAAGGGAAAGAAGUGCCUACCGGACAACCCAACAGAACUGCUGCUGACUCCCAAAAGGCUGGCGUCUCUGGUUAGCCCCUCUCACACCUCUUCCAAUUGCCUGGUUAUAACCAUCAUGGAAGUACAAAGAGAAAGUCCCCAGACUCUGAACUCAACCCCCGUGGUGGAAUUUUACAGGCCUACGAGUUUUGACUCUGUUGCAACCGUGUCCCACAACUGGACAGUGUGGAACUGCACGUCUUUGCUCUUCCAGACCUCGAUCCGGGUGCUAGUGUGGUUGCUAGGGUUGCUGUACUUUAGCUCCUUGCCUUUAGGGAUUUAUUUACUGGUAUCCAAGAAAGUCACCCUUGGGGUUGUCUUUGUAAGCCUUGUUCCUUCGAGCCUUGUUAUUCUCAUGAUUUAUGGCUUUUGCCAGUGUGUUUGCCAUGAAGUUCUAGACUGCAUGUCAUCUUGAUAACAAAUACAGUAAAGUAAGGUGUAUUACCAGCUGUGUAGCAUAAUUGAUUUAUCCUGGUUUUGUAUUCUUUGUAUUCUUUGUAUUCUUAU